UGUACGUCACCGACUGUAUACAGGGAAGUGGCGCAAUGAGGACUUUCCGUCCAACUUUCUGAUCAUAUUCGGUUCCUGUGUGCGUGAGUUCUGACAUGAGAUUUCUACUGACGCUUCUGUGUUUUACUCUGGAUCUGUUGUCGUGUCUCUAUGUGAGGGCACAUACCAGACCUCUCUCUCAACAGUCGUCGAGGUGGCCCGUCCCAUACAGGCGGGUUGAUGAAAGGCCAGAUGUGGAUUCGUACUGCGAAGCACUGUACCCAUUUUGCCCUAAUGGUGAUCGAGAUGGACGAAUACCCUACAUGAGGGACACUGAUAGCAUUUCAGUAUAUCGACUGCAAGCACCAGUAUGGGAGUUCAAGUAUGGAGAUUUAAUGGGCAAAUUUCAUAUUAUGCAUGAUGCCAUCGGAUUCAGCAGCGCUGAGACUGAGAGUAACUACACGAUGGAGUGGUACGAGCUGUUCCAGCUGGGCAACUGCACUUUCCCUCACCUGAGAGCCAACGCCAGUGCUCCGUUUUGGUGCAACCAGGGUGCUGCGUGCUUCUUCGAGGGCGUAGAUGAUGUGCACUGGUCUCAAAAUGGCACCCUGGAAAAGAUUGCAGUCAUCACUGGUGACAUGUUUAAUGACAUGGCCCAGUGGGUGCAGGAGGAUAACCAGACGGGAAUCUACUACGAAACGUGGACGGUGCGCUCCGACCCGGGCCCGAACGCCACGGUGUGGUUCGAGUCCUUCGACUGCUCCCAGUUUGUCCACCGCACCUACAGGAAGCUGGCCGACCUCGGGGCCAAACUGUCCAGCAGCUCCCCGACCAAAUACACUAAGGUCUACCUGUACAGUGGGGAGCCCACCUACCUUGGGAAUGACAGCACCAUAUUCGGACAGCCCUCCAUGAAAGACCUGGCGGCAGACAUCCAGAAAUUCUACUACACCUUCAGGCCCCACCAGUCCUACGUAGACUUUGCCAUUAGUUUAGUGGACAUUUAUGAGAAGGUGGUGGUGCACAAGAACUUCUACCUUUAUUACAACUCUGAGUAUUGGCACCUGCCGAUGAAACCGCCCUAUAUGCAAAUUGUUUACGAGGAGGUGCCCUUACCCUAAUGUAUGCUUAUAUUCUGUUUGCUCUCUAUUUGCCUUAAGAAUUUAAUGCUAAGCCUGGUUAACUGGUUAAGAUCAAACAACUGUAAUUAUUGGAGUGGUCUGAUGUUUUCAGACUGUAUUUUUCUGUAGGAUUUAGUCAGAUGACUGUAUCGAAAUUGUAUAUUGAUACAUACAUUUUUCCUCUCGAUAUUUUAACCUAAUGGAUGUAUUAACUGCUGCCUCAACCACUGUGUUUUUAAGUCAAUCUGUGUUACAAAGUGUUUUCCAUAGUUGCUAUUGUUGGCACGGCCCAGAUCCCCUUUAAUGUAUAAGAUGACCUGUUAUUUUCUAAAAAUAUCAUUUUUCCACAUGUGUAAUUAAAAGGACAUGUUCAGCA